AGAUUCCACUUUUCGCAACAACGGACGUUUUACCUCUGAAUUAUUCACGAGGCAUAUGCUUGUAACCAAGGCAGAUGAAUGGUGAACGCCUAUGUGGUUGCCAUGCUGUGACUGGUGCUGGUAUAGUUACCAGCUUACAGUUGAUCCUUCUCGUUCUUACACUUUCUUCUACGGGCAUGGUCUUGGCUCGAUAUCGCCUUUGGGAGAGUUACGAAACCCGAGGUGCCAUAAAUGCUACCGAGGUAGCCGCUGCAGCUAAGCAGGGUGAAACCUUGAAGGUGGUACCAGGACUAUGGUCAAAGGCGGUGCUAGAAGUGGCCAUGGCAUGGUAUGUUGGAUUCGGAAGCUACUGGCUAUUCUCCAUUCUCAUUCUCGCACUAUCGUUCAAAUAUUAUCGCCCGGUAUUCGUCAUUCCUAACUUCACUGCAUUAGUUCUUGGAUUGAUCAUGAACCUUAUAGCUUUUGGUGCUAUGCUCGGGAGAAUUCUCGAUCAGUCCAAGAACUACCAAACAAACGACUACGAAGAAGCAGUACUAUGCAUACUCAUGGGCUUAGUACUACUUUCUUUUCUCGCAUGUUUGCUUUUCAUUAUAUUUAUUUUUAACUACCACAACUUCCUCCGUCUACGAUAUGGUCAUCAAGUUCCAAGGUUCGUCGAGUCUCGACCAAGAACGACCUACAAUGGAGAUGUGUACUGA